AUGCUGAAGACCAAGUCCACACCUACUAAACACCACCGAAAGGAUGCAGGGAAUAUCAAGAUGCCGUGCAUCCUAUGUGGUAAGAGACUAGCGAACUUAAGUUCAUUACGGAGGCAUGUCAGCAGAAUACAUAGCAUGAACAGUAACACUAGAUUUCACUGCAAAAUCUGUAAACACACCUUUGGAAGAAGAUAUCUCUAUGACCGCUAUUUAAAAGAAAAACACCCUUUUUACCGCAUUGAACCCGAAGUCUUCACAGAUGAGGUCAGGAAUGAAGCGACCAUUCCGGACAAAUGGAAAAGACCAUUAGAAACACUUACUAAACAACAACUAGAGAAGGCCAAAUUCAGGGUAGUACCGGCCAAGGAGAGGAAUCCCCCAGGGCCGCAUACUCAAAAACCAGCUCAAACAGAAGAUAAGAUUCCCAUUGACCUACUGAAGGGAGACCUGUUGUUGAGUGACUCGUCUUCCAACAACUCUUCCGUCAAGAGUAUCAGCUCCACAGAAUUACCUGGACCCUUAGUGGAUUAUAAGAAGCUGGCCUAUGCCUCAACAUCAGAUGCCACCAUUUGCCUGGACGAACUAGCCUACCCAUGA